GAGAUCACGUGGCAUGCUUUGCAAGGGAAGUAAAAACUUUAGCACGAGUGUUGUGAAUCGAAAUGUGGUUUUGUUCUAUUUCUUUGUAAUAACGUUUUAAUGUGACAGUCCUUUAGCAGAUCAAGAUAUUCGCGAGGUGAACCUAGCCAUGAAUUCUUGUUCAAAAAUCUGACAUUUAUGAUCACCUGUUAUCCUAUUUAGCACCGGUACAAAAAGUCUCUGCAAAUGCAUUGCAGAGCGGAAACGCAGCUUAAAAGUCGAUAGUCACGUGCCCAGGUGUGUUUUGGAGACGUGAUGGACGGGGAUACGGCGGGACUGAGGAUCUCAGGCACGGGAGUGAAUGAGGAUGCGGGCGCCAAAAGUGGAAGCGAGCGCGAGCCGUCAAAAGACGCUUUGGUUGACAUCAGGUUUUGCGGAUCCACUCCUCUGUUGUGGAAGGUGUCCGAUUUGAAAAGGAGCAGAUCUGUGGGUGUGAUCGGGGCGGUGGUGGGCUCUCUGGCCCGUCAGCCUCGGCAGAACGUGCGCCUGGGCAGACCUCUGGAGCUCCUGCAGGAGGAGGCGCUGCUGCUGGAGGAGACGAGCACUGCUGCUGCAUCCCUGCCACCUCAGGAUUGUGGAGAUGAGAGGCAUUCGGACGCAGUGAGACAGUAUGAGGCCGGUCUGGAGAGCAGUUAUAAGGAGCAGUGCGCUCUGGCUCUGGAGGACAAGAAGACAGUGCUGAGGAGGAUUAUGACUGAGAAGGAGAACGGCACUGAUGACUCUGGCAAUGCGAUUCGAGACCGUCUUAACGCGCUGGACCAGGCUUUUAGCUUCCCAUGGUCGGCCAUGGCCGUCCAGCUCUGCACCGCCCGCGCCGGCUUCAGUCACUGUCCGGAGGAACGCCGUUUCCAUUCCACCGAUUGGCCAAUGCCUAGAGAUGAACGCUUGAACACUAGAUUCUGUGUAUACAGAGAUCUGAGAAACAGAGGCUUCUACCUCACCUCCGCAGGGAAGUUCGGAGGAGAUUUCCUGGUAUAUCCAGGCGAUCCUCUGCGUUUCCAUGCUCAUUUCAUUGCAUUAUGCAUCUCCAUGGAUGAAGAGCUACCUCUCUGUGAUAUUCUAGCUAUAGCUCGCCUGGGCUCUAAUGUGAAGAAGACGGUAUUGCUUUGCUCUCCACGGAGCAUCAGCGAGGCUGGAAAGGCUGAUGUGGUUUAUUCAUCGCUGCAGUGGAGUUCUAUGGUGUAAAGACACAACUAUAGUUUGUUUGAUAAGACACUGAGGUGUGGAGUGUGUGUGUGUGUGUGUGUGUGUGUGAAUGUUGUUUGAUAAAUUCUAAAAGACUGAAUUUUGUUUGGCUGUCAACAUGCAGAGUACAUCAUAAAAAGUUUAAUGAA